CAGCACGCCAACAACACGUGACGAUUCGCGAGCCAAUCGUCGCCAAAACAGAGCUACAUUCAGCAUUCGUGCAUGCGCACUGCGCCAGGCCGAUCCGCGUGAGCCCCCGCUGCAAGAGCAGCAGCCACAGCACAGCACCACAGAGCAGCACCGCAGCCGAGCUCAAAUAUGCACGCAUCGAUGCGCGCAGCCCUCCUCCUAGCGACGGCGGCCGCCGACUUUCCCCUGCUACCCAUCGCGCCACCAUUAACAACACUAACAAAUCUGAAGACGGACCCGACCGACGUCUUCGUCUGCUCCUGGCCCAAGAGCGGCACGACGUGGAUGCAGGCCAUCGUCGCGCAUCUCGUCGCGCCGGACCGGUCCAGUUGGAAGCACGUCUCCGAGGUCACGCCGUUCUACGACGUCGCGGCGUCGUGGGACGGAUCUGAGCCGUCGCAAGCGCUCGCCCAACACUUUGCGAAGCGCGGCCGGCGCUGCUGGAACACGCACCUGCUCUGGUCCCUCAUACCUAAAGGUGGGCGCUACAUUUAUGUUGUGCGCGACCCGGCCGACGCCGUCGUGUCCUUCUGGCAUCAUUUGAGGAACCAGCGCGGCGCCGCGGGCACCUACGAGGGCACCCUCUCGGAAUUCGCGGCGGAGAUCAGCGAAGGGACGCAGCCGUACGGCGCCUGGGCGGCGCACGUCUCGGACUGGGCGGCGGCGGCCCGCGACCCUUCUGUGUUAAUUGUGCGCUACGCGGACAUGAAGCGCGACGCCGCGGCGGUCGUGCGGCGCGUCGCGACGCACCUCGGCGUGGCCAACGUCGACGCGGACGCGAUCGCGCGGCUCACGUCGUUUGAGGAGAUGAAGACCGACGCGAAACGCUACGCGCCCGUGUCCGUGGAGUGGGCGCCGGGCUUCGAGUUCAUCCGCGCGGGCCGCGUCGGCGACGGGGCUGUCCUUGAUGAGGACGCGCGGCGGGCGUUGGUGGAGGGGCUGACGGAAUCUGGGCGGGCGGUGGCUUUCGGCGACGGCGGUUUUGGGGAGUUGUGAG